UCUUAUUUAUUAUGAAAAUAAGCUGUUAAAUUAAUUGCAAAUAAUGGAGGAAGUUGAUAAAAUUAUUAUUGAUUCAUUAAGGAAUCUCAAUUGUGAGAUUGAUGAAGAAAUUACAAGUCUAAAAGGUUUCACACUAGAUACCAUAAUAAAUUCAAUUGUGUGUUGUUUAGAAGCAAUAAAACCUGGUUUAAAUUUACCUAAGAGGAUGCCCACAUCAAUGAGUCUUCGUUUAAAAUUAUCAUCACAAUUGGUGGAACUUAUACAAAGCAUUGGUUUUCGUGGAGAUCUGGGAUAUCAAAGUAUUUUGUACUCAAAUGAAAUUGAGAUUCGAAGGGCGUUGAUGUUCCUCAUUGAAAGAGUGCCAAGAGAAAAUGCAAAAGUGGCAGAAAUUAAAGUUAUUGGAUAUAUUCCAAAAUUAGUUAAGGAUAUUAAAGAAAACCUUAAACUAUCUUUAGAACAACCAUGGUUACCACCUAAUUUCAUAUUGAAUGGAGCACAGGUUUAUGAUACUACUUAUUUCCAACAAGGUUUAUGUUACAGUGUGCCUUUGAAAUCAGAAAAUAUACAAAUACCAAAUACUGCAGAAAAUGUAACUGAAGAAUUGAAACAAUAUUGGGUACACCAUCUGCCUGAUGUUAGUAGACAAUGUGAAGCAAGUAAUUUAUUGGCUUCUUUAUUAUUCAAAGACAAUAAUUUUGAUAUAAAUACAAAAGAUUUUGUGACCCCAAACAGUGAUUUGUCAAUACUGCCACUAGAGAAUAUCACAGAAGAAGUAACUAUAAAUAAAGUGGAAAAAUGUAUAGUUAUUGAUGAUAGUUUAGAAAAGAAAAUAAAUGCAGAAGUUGAAAUAAUUGAAAGAGAGAAAUUGAAAUAUUUAGCAAUGAAAGAAGAUGUGAAGAAACUAGAAAAACAGCUGAAACAGUUACAAACGUUAAAACGAACAGAAGAGGAUAAUCUAAAAGAAAUAACAGCUAAAAUUAAUAUAAAAACUAAGACUAUGACGGUGUUAUCAAAGGAGGAAAAUAUGUUGAAAUUAAAAAAUCUCGUUGCCAAUGGAAAUGAUAGAUUGCUGGAACUUGCAAAUCAAUGGAAUGAUGUUCAAAGUCCGCUGAUUGAACAGUAUCGUUCAAUGAAAAGCAGUUUAAGUGAACACGAAAUAAAAGCAAAAGAAGAGAAGACCAAAUUGGAAACUUUAAGAGAGAAAACUCGGUGUAUGCAACAAGAACUAAUUGAGAAAAGUAAUUUGGAAUUUUCAUUGAAACAUGAAGUUGAGAAAUUGGGCAAUUUUAAUACAAGGUCAAGUUACACAAGGAGAAUAUUGGAGAUAAUUGGUAAUAUUAAGAAGCAAGAUGGAGAAAUAGGUAAAAUCUUGAAGGAUACAAGAAGGGUCCAGAAGGAAAUUAACCAGUUGACUGGACAGCUUGAAAGAUCAUUCACUCUAUCUGACGCACUAAUAUUUAAAGACGCCAAAUAUGAUGAAGUAUCUAGAAAGGCAUACAAGUUGCUGGCCACUUUGCAUAUAAACUGUGAUGGUAUUAUACAAACUGUAAAUGAUUUGGGAUUCAUUGAACGGGAAUCUCGGAAUUUGCAGGAUCAGAUUGAUGCAGAGCUGGAUAAAGAUAUGGCAACAAAACUUGAACGCGUAAAUGCGGAUAUUGUGGAAUUGCGCAAAGAAACAAAACUCAAAGACUAAAUAAUUUUAUAUAUUUUAUAAGUUAAUAAAAAUAAUAAUA